CAGCUGGCAGACAAGACUCCGUCUUCUCCAUCUGUCUAGUCCGUACGCCGUAGCUCCGGUGGUAGCUCGGUGGGGCGGCAGUGGGACAGCUUGGCAGCCGGGACCAGAUCAGUCAGAUCUUGCCCUCUUCCAUUAUAAAUCAGAUAGCUCAAUUUUCCGUCUCCUCCUCCCGCGGGUUGCCAGGUCCCAAGAGCCCUAUUCACACGUCUGCGAACCCGGCCUAGACACCAUCCCCCAGACAAGACUAAGACUACUUCGUCUCAAGAAUCUUCUCAAGAAUCAACCAACAUGGCCUCCAACCCCCCGGGAAAGUGCUGCACUGUCGGUGUCAAGCACGACGGCGAGCCCACUGGCAAGACCAUCAAGAUAGGCCAGUAUGAGACGUAUGUGGCCGAGCCCAAGGGCAAGAAGCAUGAUGGCGCCGCCCUGCUCUACAUCCCCGACAUCUUCGGCAUCUGGCAGAACUCCCAGCUCAUGGCCGACCAAUUCGCCGAGAACGGCUACCACACCAUCAUCGUCGAUGUCUUCAACGGCGACAAGUUCCCCAACCCCCCGCCGUCAGACAUCAUGAAGUGGUUCGCCGAGGGCACCAACGGCGACAACCCUCACACCAAGGAGGCCGUAGACCCCAUCGUCGAGGCCGGCCUGAAAUACCUCAAGGAACAGGGCUUCACCAAGAUUGGUGCCAUUGGGUACUGUUUCGGUGCCAAGUACGUCGUCCGCCACUACAAGGACGGCAUCAAGGUCGGCUACGUUGCCCACCCCUCCUUUGUCGACGAUGACGAGCUGGCCGCCAUCACCGGGCCAUUGUCCAUCGCCGCCGCUGAGACAGACACCAUCUUCCCAACCGAGAAGCGCCACAAGUCCGAGGAGAUCCUGCGCAAGACCGGCCUGCCUUAUCAGAUCAACCUGUUCAGCGGCGUAGAGCACGGCUUUGCCGUCCGUGGUGACAUCUCGGUCAAGGUCCAGAAGUUUGCCAAGGAGCAGGCUUUCUACCAGGCCAUUGCUUGGUUCGACGAGCAUCUGCUGUGACUUCCAACGCAGCCGCGGCAAAGUCUUGGUGGGGUUAGACUGUAGAUAGAAGAACAGUGGCAGGGCCUGGCAAGACUCUGAUCUUGAUCCGCGGCGCAAUGACCGUCGGUUACUUUAACCCGUCCUCGACAGUAUACGCUCUUUUUCUUGAGAGUCGUGAGUGUUACUGAUUCCCCCAUUCUUCAUCUUUAUGUCUUGAAAAUACGGCAUAAUUGUACUGCGGUCUCUCAUGAUAGCGUGCAUCUCGAUCAUUCUGCCCACAUGGUCGCCGCCUCGAUGACGAGCGUGCCCAUUCCACACGCACGUGAGACCCCAUGGCGAGCCGGCUUGCUCAUAGUUGAUAAACGUCAAAAAAAUGGCAGAUCAGAUUACGGAU